GAAAAGAGAGAAAGUUGUCUCUAGUUUCAUCAGCACACCCACUAGCUAAUUCUGAAUUUGUAUGUUGUCUCCCGAUACAUCUAGUUGUUUCAUUAGUUAAGUGUACGGCCUUGGGGAGUUUUGUAGCAAGUGGCAUGCAUAGACAGUUAUGACUGGUUAGAGAAGUCAGAUGACUUUCUGUUCUAUAUAAGGGACAAGAUCGGGGAAGCGGUUUCACCUGAAACAUUCUGAUAAUACUUGAGAAGCAGACUGAAGAGAUUUUGCCUGUUUUCCACAAUGGGUUUACAAAUAUUUAUAUUAUUUAUGGCGUAUGUGAUGACUGUGCUGUGUGAAGUUACCCUAGGGCCUUCAGUUCCUGAUAAAAUAAUUUCCACAAAAGAUAAGGACUCAAAACUACUUUCAGAAGAGGAGUUUACCUGUCCAGAAAAAUAUACAAAUUUUUGCAUUAAUGGUGGCUGUAUUUUUCAUAAAGGUCUAGAUAUUCCUAUAUGCAGGUGUUUUUCGGGCUACACAGGAGAAAGAUGUGAACAUGUUGUCCUACCAGCAUACCAACCAGAAUCUGAAGUAACAUAUAUAGCUAUUGGGAUAUUAGUGGGAUUAUUACUAAGUGGAUUAAUUGUCUUCAUCUGGUGCUACAAGGAAAAGCGAUGUAAGCCAACUCCAGAUUACGAAAUGUGCAAUAGAGAGAAUACACCAUAGAUGCUUCAUUUGCAAAAGUGCCAGCUGAAUAAUCAAUGGGCAUUACAGAUGCGAUUCAUUUUCUCCACACACAUGGAUAUUGAAUCUUCCCAUUUAUCACAAGGACUGCAGUGACGUCACAGAUGAACUUUAACUACUUAUUUUACGAGAGUGCCCCUGAGCAGAGUCCCUCUGACUGUGAAAACAUCUUUCAU